AUGUGUAUGGUUAUAUUUGCUCCGAUUUUUGCCAUUUGUGCUUUUGCAACAUGUGGAGGAUACUUUGGUCAUCUCCAGGUUAAAGUGGACUGUGCAAACAGGAGGCAGAGUAACCUCAGCAUCAACAUUGAUUUUGGGUAUCCUUUCAGAUUACAACAAGUGCAUUUCAAGGCUCCCUUGUGUGACGCAAAGAGAGAAGAGAUUAUCUUCCUGGAUGGUGACUUUUCCUCAGCUGCUCAGUUUUUUGUGACCGUGGGUGUUUUUGCUUUCUUGUACUCUCUGCUGGCCACCAUUGUCUAUGUUUUCUACCAGAACAAGUACCUAAAGAACAACAGAGGCCCACUUGUGGAUUUUGUUGUUACAGUGAUCUUCUCCUUCAUGUGGCUGGUCGGCAGUUGUUGUUGGGCCAAAACCAUUUCUAAUAUCAAGACGGCCACAAACCCAACACAGGUGCUCCUGCUCAUCUCCGCCUGUAGAGCUCAAGAGAAUAAAUGCACAGCUACCCAGGAGCCUCUCUGGUCACGUCUUAAUACAUCUGUGGUUUUUGGUUUUGUUAACGUUGUCUUGUGGGUUGGAAAUAUUUGGUUUGUGUUCAAAGAGACAGGCUGGUACAAGACCGGUCAGAGAUACCCGACCAGGAGUGCUUCUGGGAAACGUGCCAGUGAAAUGCGGCAGCGGCUCUACAGUGAAAGCAGCUUUGACCAGCCAGAGGAGAGUUUUGGUCCACAACCAUCCAGACAAGACAGUUUCAAACAGUCAAUGGGGGAUGUUGGUCAGCAGGUACACAGACAGGGUAGCAUCAACCAAUCACAAGUGAGCUUUAGCUUACCACAGACAUACCUUGGUAAACCAGUCAUUUAUGACAGGGAGAACAAAGUCGCCUCCCAAGGGCCAAUGAUAUUUGUCAAUGAGAUGUGA